AUGGUCGACCUCCAUUCCUUACCGGCCGGCUCGCGCCCAGAAGACGCAGUCCGCAACAACGGGCCUGACAGUCUCGUGCUCGAGAGAUACAAAUUGCGUGAACUGGCCGAGGGCUGGCCUCUCUAUCGAGAUGCGUGUGAAUGGGAGAAUCUCAAAUCCAUCUUCCACCCGGACGCUUACAUCUACACCACCUGGACCGGCAGGACGCACCACUUGGACUUCAUCAAGGCGUCUCAGGCGGGCAUGGACAAGGGGGCCUUCAUCAUGCAUCGCUGCCACGGCAUCACGACCGACAUCACCCGCGAGGCCACGCGGGCGGUGACCAAGAUGAAGGCGACCAUCACCCAACGGUUUGUCAUUGAUGGGUGCGAGGUCGACGCCGAGAGUGAUUGCCGGUUCUGCUUUUUCUGGGUCAAGAUGCCCGACAACGGCGAGUGGCGGGCGAGGUUUGUGAGGCAUUGGUAUGAAAAGGACAAGUUGAUCCCUGUCAACCCGGCAAAAGUGCCUAUCCUCGACGAGGAGCGCUUGAAGGACUAUCCCACUGGCUAUCGGUACCUGGCCUACCUCCAGGAAGCCACCAUGGGCGUCACGGUGCUCAGAGACAUGCCCGGCCACAGGCGCGAGAAGGGAGUUGAGGGCGGCAGCAAGGACUGUGGAGACAAGCAUGAUCUUCUAUAUUGGCAGUGCAAAGCCUGGAUCGAGGGCAAGGACGUGGAGAUGUAA